CAAAGAGGGAGUGGGCACUAGUUUGUAUUGCAGCACAGCUAUCCUGGACAAGCCGAAGCCCUGCAGUGGACCGACUAGCCACACAGAGCAGGGAUGGCUUUGGGGGCUGCUCCCCCAAACUGAUGCACCCCCCAGAACCUUGAGGCUCUGGAGAAACUGAGGUCUGGCCUGGGCAAGGAUGCCUUUCAGGUGCAGCAGCCUCGGCCCUCUGCAGUCCUGUUUCCCCUGUGCAACAGGGUUCACUACUGGUCUCCGGAGCUCCCAUCUCUCCUGCUCCAUCCCCAGGCGGACCCUGCUUCUGCAGGCUGUGCUGACUCGCCCCCCACCCCCACCAGGGUCCCUGGCUUUGGGGAGUGAGCCAGCUGCAAAGAGAUGUCUUCUUGUGCUGCUCUGCCUGGGGACACGUGCAGCCCACACCUGCUCCCGCCUGGGCACAAUUGGCCUUUGAGAAGACAGGAAGCUGCUCUAGAAGCCGAGUCAGUGGUGGGGUCGACAGAGGCCAGUGUGCUGCCUGGGUGGAGGUCGUGGAGGCAGAGGACCCAGGUCGGGGCUGGAGGUGGCUGCAACAGCCCUAGGCAUCUGCGAGGCCAGUUCCUGUUUAUGACCUGUCCUGUGGGCGAGGAAACAAUGUCCUACAGAGGUUUAGGAAGUAGGGCCCUUACCCAGGACCGCUGCCCGCCUGUCCACCCCUCAGCUCACCCCGGCCCCUCCUCUCCGGACUGAAAUGGGUCACAGGGCUCCCCAGGGUGGUCUCCCCUCCCUACCCCGCUCCCCUCUGCUGGGGGUCAGGGCUGGGAUGGGGUCAGGACCCCUCCGGCCCCUUGGAGCCCCCGCACUGUGCAGGCUCACAGGGGGCCCAUGGGGGCAGCUGGCAGUGAGGGGCCCCUGUGCUGUGGACGCUCUGGUGCCUUCUGGGCUCCAGUGUGGGGUGUUUGUGUGGUGCUGCACGUCUGUGUGUCUGUACUGUGGCUUCCCUGGGGUUGUGUCUCCUGUGAAGGGACCCUGAGCCCCACCUUGUCCAAAGCUCUGGGCCCCGACUGUCCUCUGCAGACACAGGCUGACAGGGUCUGGGCAUCGCACAGCAGGAGGGAGGAGGGGCAGGGUCCAGGGCGGGACCCUUCCAGGCGGGCACAGGGAGGGCACGAGUGCAGGGUGACCCCUGCCCGCACAGCAUGGGCUCUCCGCGUGUCCCCGCGAGGACCGUGCUUUUCCGGCGCGAGAGGACCGGCCUGACCUACCGCGUGCCGGCGCUGCUGUGCAUACCGCCUCGGCCCACGCUGCUGGCCUUCGCGGAGCAACGGCAGAGCCCCGACGACGCCCACGCGCACCGCCUGGUGCUGCGGCGAGGCGCGCUGGCCGCGGGCGGCGUGCGGUGGGGCGCCCUGCGCGUGCUAGCAACGGCCGCCCUGGAGGAGCACCGCUCCAUGAACCCCUGUCCCGUGACUGACGCGGGCUCGGGCACAGUCUUCCUCUUCUUCAUCGCGGUGCUGGGCCACACGCCCGAGGCCGUGCAGAUCGCCACGGGCAGGAACGCGGCUCGCCUCUGCUGCGUGACCAGCCACGACGCGGGCCUCACCUGGGGCGGCGCGCGGGACCUCACGGAAGAGACCCUGGGUGCCCAGGCGCAGGACUGGGCCACCUUUGCUGUGGGCCCUGGCCACGGGAUCCAGCUGCCCUCAGGUCGGCUGCUGGUGCCUGCCUACACUUACCGUGUGGACCGCCGGGAAUGCUUUGGCAAGAUCUGCCGGACCAGCCCCCACUCCUUUGCCAUCUACAGUGAUGACCAGGGCCGCACCUGGCACUGUGGGGGCCUGGUGCCCAACCUGCGUUCAGGCGAGUGCCAGCUGGCUGCCGUGGGUGGGAGCUUCCUCUACUGCAAUGCCCGGAGUCCCCUGGGCAGCCGUGUGCAGUCACUUAGCGCUGAUGAGGGCACCUCCUUCUUGCCUGCGGAGCUUGUGCCCACCCUGGCAGAGACUGCCCGGGGCUGCCAGGGCAGCAUCGUAGGUUUUCCAGCUCCCACCCCUAGCAGGGAGGAGGAGCCAAACCCUCCUCAUCUGUGUCCUGGAGUCCAGGAUCCCCUCAGUGGGCCCUUCUGCCACCCACAGCCCUGGGAGAACAGCCAGGAGCAGCCUGGCCCGGAGCCUGGGCUUGGUGGGGAUGGGGAGGCCUACACCCCAAUGCUCCCCUUGCCCUCUGUGGCCCCAGCACAGAGCCCCACAUGGCUGCUGUAUUCUCACCCAGUGGGGCACAGAGCUCGGCUCCGCAUGGGCAUCUACCUGAGCCGGUCCCCCCUGGACCCCCACAGUUGGACGGAGCCCUGGGUGAUCUAUGAAGGCCCCAGUGGCUACUCUGACCUGGCAACCCUUGGGUCUGGGCCUGGGGCAGCCCUGGCCUUUGCCUGUCUAUUCGAGAGUGGGGUCAGGGCCUCCUACGAAGAUAUCUCCUUCUGCAUGUUCUCUUUGCGAGAGGUCCUGGAGAAUGUGUCAGGGGGCCCUGAGAUGCUCCAUCGUUCGGGCAAGCCCUGGGAACACUGCCGGCCCUCCUGACAGGCCCUCUGCACGCACCCAAGGCCAAAGGGGUUGACUAGAGAGAGGGGAGGAGUAGGAGGCCACAUGGCCCCCAGAUGGACAGAGCCCUGUGCCAGCUUCUCCACGGGUCACAGAGGUGACCUAGACCUAGGUGCAGGACCUGCUGCUCUAAGAUGCUCAGGAUGGACCGCUCGUCAGGAAGGUGGGGAGGUUUGGGCCUGGGGCCCUGGCCAAGUGGCUACCACAGUUCCAUGGCUGCACCUCAUGAGCCUGGGGUCUCCCCUCGGCCGUGGCUGGUUUUCUCGUAACAUUUGAUCUCUGGCUACUUUUUGGCAUAUGAAUGACAAAUAAAGGGAUUGCAUCUA